UCCCCCCUGUGGCUCCACUUCCUGUUUGCUUCCUGUCGUCCAUGAACAUGUGUAUUAUGUGAUUUUUCAACUUCCCCUGUUUGGUUUGGACGAUGCUUCCUGGACUUUUCCUGCAUCGUCUCAAUGUAAGACGUCGGCCUGCUGUUUCGGAAAUUAUGUGUUCUGCAGCAGAUCACAUCAUUCAUAGUUAGAUGAAGCUAGAUUAUUCCAAUUGAUCCACUGUUAAACAAAGUUUUAGACAAUAUUGAAGUGGACGUCCCUGUGAGACGGAGCUGCUGUUACUCAACCCGGCUGACACGAGCUGGAGCUCAGGGACCUCAAACACAGCCAGUGGAAAAGAAAACCGGCCGAGCUUCAAGAUCAUCGACGAGAUGCGACUCUGGGUUUGAACUGAACCUUGAGAGCCGUUGACCUUCCUGAUGCCGAAGGCCCCGGCCGCCUCUUUGAUGGAUCCUUCUGGGUAUUUUACACACAAAGUCGCAAACUCUGACAGCACUCUGCUGAGCCUGUGUGGAAGUAAGCUGCGAAGCUUUUGAAGGCUCUGCUUCAGACGACUUACCUGAGCAACCAGUGGAGGGAAAGAAAGAAAGAAAGAAAGAAAGAAGGAGACAGACGGUCAGUUCGGGGAGAAAGAAGAACACAGGCGGGUCUUUUUGCGUCAGAAAGUUUCUCGGCCCAGUUAAAACUCGCUGCCACACAUGAGACGGCAGCUUGUUUGCAGAGGCUCGAGUUGAAGCUGGAGAGCGACGGUGCUUCUUCUCUGUGGCUCGUCCGGCUCUGACCUGUGAGAGGAGCCGCUGAUGAAGCACAGUCUUGCAGGGACACACUCUCUCCUCCUCCUCCUCCUCCUGCUCCUCCACAGGCCUCAGAUGGCGUCUGUUUGCCUUCAGCUCCUGCUCGCUGCCACCCUGUGGUCGACUCCCCACGUGGGAGCUGCUGCCGCUGUGCUGUCGAGCUCCACGGAGCUGCUCAACGCCACCAGAGCUGCAGCUGAGACACAGUCGGACUCCAGGACGCUCACUGCAGCCGCUGGCGUUUCUUCUCGCAACAGACGGAAGAGAGCCAUCUCCUCCAGAGAGAUCAGCGCCCUGCUGGAUUACCACAACCGGGUCCGCUCUCAGGUUUUCCCCCCUGCUGCCAAUAUGGAGUACAUGCUGUGGGACGACGGACUGGCUCAGUCGGCCGACUCCUGGGCCUCGCUCUGCAUCUGGGAUCACGGUCCAACGCCAGCUAUGAAAUACAUGGGCCAGAACCUGUCCAUCACUUCAGGAAGGUUCCAGUCGAUCACCGACCUCGUCAGGUCCUGGUACAAUGAGAGGCAUCAUUUCUCCUUCCCCAACAGAUGCACUGGAUCUGUGUGCUCGCACUACACUCAGAUGGUGUGGGCGAGCACCAGCAGGCUGGGAUGUGCGGUCAGGAAAUGCUCCAACAUGCACGUGUUCGGGAGCAGCUGGAGGGAGGCGACGCUGCUGGUCUGCAACUACUCUAUAAAAGGAAACUGGGUGGGAGAAGCUCCCUAUAAGACCGGCAGGCCUUGCUCUGUCUGUCCGUCCAGUUACGGCGGCUCCUGCUGGAGAAACCAGUGCUCGUCGAACACCAAAACCAGAAGACUGUCGAGAUAUUAACGCCACACAUCGUUUAAAUGGAGGAAGAAGAAGUAAUUUAUCACGAGGAGAUCUUAAACUAACAAAAGAAAGAAAGAAAGAAAAGAAAACACUGCAGCUGUCAAAGUGCCACUAUGUUCAGUAAAUCUUUUUCCACGAGUUGUUGGCGUGUCGCACUAUGAACGUUAAGAUUUUCAUUUGUGUUGAUGAUAAUAACAUUGAACACGAGAGAAAUAGUUUCCUGGUAUUCGAUGAAAAUGUCGUUGUUUUGCACUGUUUUUAAUGAAGUUUGUUGUUUGAGUAACUUUUCCGAGGCGUUGACCAGAUACGAAGCACUUUCACUGUACAGAUUAAACUGACCGUGACCUGAUUAAUAAAAUCAUUUUACUGUUCAGUG